AUGGCAGACGUACUUGCAAGCUUGCCUACGAACGGCUGGACAAAUACACUGCCUGACAAUGCGCUCAAACAUGCCGACGACAAAGGUCCUAGCAUCAUCGAGGCGACAGAAGCUGUCCCCCAGUGGAAGAUAAGAGCGGCAGAGAAGCGCGCUGCUCAGUUCCUACAAAUCCCCGAGGAAUGGCGACUGGCUGAAUUACCGAAUCCUCUCCCUGUUUCGACUCUUAACUACCUCGACACUAGUGACCUUCUCACACCCCAAGAGAAAGUCAUAACUUCAGCCCUUUCAGCUCAGGAAUUACUAUCCCGUAUCCACUGUGGAGGUCUCAGCGCCUAUGAAGUUGCUGUUGCUUUCUGCAAACGUGCCGCGUAUGCGCAGCAACUGUCCAAGUGCUGCACGGAAAUGUUCUUUAACAAGGCUCUGGAUCAUGCUAAACAACUGGACCAACAUUUUAAAGCAACAGGUCGGUUAGUGGGGCCAUUGCAUGGACUGCCAGUGAGCUUGAAAGACCUAUUCGAGGUGGAAGGUUUCGACACGACAAUAGGCUGGGUCGGACUAUGUGGCAAACCUGCUUUGAAGAAUAGUGUGCUAGCCGGUAUGCUUCUGAAACAGGGCGCUGUACUCUAUUGCAAGACCAACAUCUCUCAGUCGUUGAUGAUGUCUGACUCCUAUAAUCAUGUCUUCAAGCAAUCGGUAAACACGCUGAACCGAGAACUUAUCUCUGGUGGCAGCUCUGGGGGCGAAGGAGCUUUGGUCGGCUGUCACGCCAGCAUCAUCGGAAUAGGAACAGAUAUUGGGGGCUCAAUUCGUAUCCCAGCCAACCUUCAGGGUCUUUACGGCUUGUGUCCAACGGUUGGUCGUUUCCCCUGGGAUAGCUCCGUGGAACGAGAGUACAUUGUGAACCCGGUUGCAGGUCCCCUGACUAGCAGCUUGUCAAGCAUAGAGACUUUCAUGGAAAGACUCUUAGCCUCGAGUCCAUGGGAACAGGAGCCAAAUUCAUACCCAAUCCCAUGGCGCUCUGACCUUGCAAAGGAACCUGGCCGUAAGCUCAAAAUCGGUUAUUACGUCGACGAUGGCUGUGUCAAAGUUCAACCACCACACGAGCGAGCUGUCAGAGAAGUCGUAGCGCUUCUACAGGCUGCUGGCCACACUAUGGUGGAAUGGGACACAUCCUCUCAUCCCGAGGCUCACCGCCUCUGGACAAAAGCCAUCCUUUCAGAUGGUGGAGCGAGCGCUAAGGAGAUGUUAGCCAAAAGCGAAGAACCACUUGUCCAAGGCAUGCUAGUUGGCAAGGACUCAGACCUCCUCUCCACUCAGGAGGCCGUACAGCUUUCAAAUACUCGCCUAGAAUAUCAGAAGACCUAUAUGAGUCGAUGGAACGAAGCACAGCUUGACGCUCUGAUCAUGCCAGUUAUUCCCUGGGUAGGAUUUCUCCCGAAGACCUGGGUACAGUCCGACCAGUGCGUCAGCUACACCGGACACUGGAACUUUGUGGACUUUGCUGCUCUUACUGUCCCUGCCACUACAGCCCAAACAACAGACGUGGGCGACAAGAGUUGGCAGGAGCAUGUGCCGCGGAAUUUUAGCGACAAAUUCAACUGGUCGCAAUACAAUCCAGAACUGGUGAAGGGAAUGCCUGUCGGAGUUCAGAUCGUCGGAGGCAGAUUUGGCGAGGAAAAAUGUGUAGCUGUGGCGAAAGUCCUUGAGGUGUUGCUUCGGGGCAAGGUUUCUUGA